AUGACGCCAGGGAUACGCGACAGUUGGAUCACUGCACUUCAACAAAAUAGGCAUAAUCCUUCACCGACGUACACCGAGACUUGCGCCUCGAAUGACACGAUGAGUAUGGCAGACAGCUCAGAUAUUCUUGGCAUGCCAAUGCGUAAAAAACACAUCGCCUAUGUGGCACCAGACUUCUCGAUCAUCCACCUCGUUAAUGGACGGCGACUCGUCCACGGAGGACGAGUUGAGCGCGAUGCAACGCGGUCGCCAUCGCCGAAGUCGCUCGAGUCGUGG